UACCUCAAAAGCAGACGCUUUUUUUUCUACUGAAAAAAUGGAAUAAAAACACAAAUUCUCCCCGAGCUAUAAAAAUUAAUCAUUAUAAUACUAAAUAUAGGGAAUAUAUUUAAUCGAACAAUUUUUCAAGUUGAAUUGUUCGAAACAACUCGAAUUGUAGAUUCAAGUUUAUUGAACUGAAUGUUGACAGUUUCAAUUUGUCGUCUGCUAAUAUGAAUCUCGUGUGAUACAAAAUCUAUAAAAUUAAACAAUAAUAAUAAAUUGUCGAGGUGGCAGAAUAUUUUGAAAUAUAGACAGAAAUGAUAACUUGUGAAACAAAUGUAUUUAUUUUUUAGGAUAACUUGUGAAACAAUAAAUGUAUUUUAACUUGAUAAAAUAAUUAGAAAAAAAUGGAAAACACCUUGAAGUACAAAUAUUUUCACAUUAUCUUUGUUGUUGCCUUCUACUGGGCAAUAUCUAUUCUCACAGUAUUUGUCAAUAAAGUUCUAUUGUCAAGUGAUUUAGUAAGUUUAAACGCUCCUCUUUUUGUAACAUGGUUUCAAUGCAUAGUGAGUGUGAUUUUAUGUUUAAUUCUCAAAGGAUGCGCUGCAUUAUUUCCGAAUUGUAUUUAUUUUCCCGAAGGGCAUCCUUUCAAGAAGGAUAUCGUUAAAAAGAUUUUACCUUUAUCCAUUCUCUUUACUGGAAUGAUAGCUUGUAAUAAUUUAUGUUUGAAGCAUGUGGGUGUUGCAUUUUAUUAUAUAGGACGAUCUCUAACCACGGUUUUUAAUGUUAUCUUCACUUUCUCUAUUCUCGGCGAGAGAACCUCGUACGGAGCCGUUGUUUGUUGUUUGAUAAUUAUUUUUGGAUUUUGGCUUGGUGUCGAUCAAGAGAGUCUAUCAGGAUCUUUAUCAAUAAUUGGAACAAUUUACGGCGUACUUGGCUCCCUAACACUUUCUCUAUAUUCAAUUCAUACAAAACAUGUUCUUCCCGCUGUGAAUCAGGAAAUUUGGCUACUUUCCUAUUACAAUAAUGUCUACAGUAUAUUUAUUUUCAUUCCAUUGAUGCUUAUCAAUGGGGAAUAUAAGGAAAUAAUAGAAUAUAAUUUAUUUGACGAGCCAUUCUUUUGGGGAAUUAUGAUUAUUGGAGGAAUUUGUGGAUUUUCCAUUGGAUACGUGACAAUGUUGCAAAUAAAAGUAACGUCACCAUUGACGCAUAAUAUUAGUGGAACAGCGAAAGCAUGUGUACAAACGGUGCUUGCUACUUAUUGUUACAAUGAAAGUAAACCGAGUUUAUGGUGGGUGAGUAAUUUUGUCGUAUUAUUUGGUAGUGCAGCUUAUGCGCGCAUUAAACAACUCAAAAUGGAAGAGGAGCAUAAAAAGUACACUUUGCUUGAUCAGAAGACAAAAAUUUAAUUGCAUUUUCACAAUAAAUGAAAAUCACCAAAGACUGAAUUGUAAAAAAAAAGAAAUAGAAAUUAUAUUUUUUUCAGCUCUUUAGAGUUUUUUAUCCAAUUCUUUUAUAAAAACUUAUUUUCAAGAGUGUUUUUGUAAAAU